CUCCGGCAAAAGCAAUAUGGCUGCGCCCCUCGUAAACAAUUUUGAAGUGCCCUCAUGGGCAGGGAAGCCACCACCAGGUUUGCAUUUGGAUGUUACUAAAGAUGGCAAAAUGAUACAGAAACUUAUGAUAGAUGAAAAGAAGUGCUACUUUUUUGGUCGAAACAAACAGCUCUGUGAUUUUGCCAUCGACCAUUCAUCAUGCUCUCGUGUCCAUUCAGCUUUGGUGUGGCAUCGGCACCUGAACCGUCCUUUUAUUAUAGACUUAGGCAGCACACAUGGGACUUUUAUUGGACACAUUCGUCUUGAGACCAGAAAGCCACAGCAGGUCCCCUUGGACAGUGAAAUUCACUUUGGAGCAUCCACACGUGUCUAUAUUAUACGUGAGCGUCCUCAACCUCUUGGUCCUGGAGGCCUUGAAGAUGAUGGGGGAAAACAGAUGGAGAAAGAAGGAAACUUGCUGGGACUCCCAGAAUCAGAGACUGAGUUGGAUAACUUGACAGAGUUUAAUACAGCUCACAAUCGUCGCAUUGCAUCUCUAGCUGAGGUAGUUGAUGUGCCAAACCCUUUGAAACGUAAACCUAAAACUACACAUGUAUCAUUUGCUGAUGAAGAGGAGGUUAUCAACCCAGAGGAUGUGGAUCCCUCGAUAGGUCGGUUUCGUAACCUGGUGCAGACAACAGUCAUCCCUAAUAAGAGAUCCAAGCUGGACAUUGGGAGUGGCGUGGGCGUUGAUGCAGGCAACAAACGGCUGCAUGGCAUGGGUCUUAAUACCUCACAUCUUUAUGGUGACCUGCCAGGACCAGGAGGGGGAUCUGUGCUAGCCCAUCCAUUUUUUUCUGCUGGCAGGCUGGGCAUCCCCGUGCCAAAUCUUGCUCCUGACGUAGAGCAUGAACCAGCUCCACCACCAGUUGUCCCCGCCCCUCUUCCAUUUGUCCCCGAAGAUACACCAAAAGAACCACGCAAGAAGAAGUAUGCAAAAGAAGCGUGGCCAGGCAAGAAGCCAACACACAGUCUAUUGGUUUAAGAGGGAAAAACAUUGCAUCUCUUGUCUUUGCAUCAGAGUGGAUGGUUUGGGCAAUACUUCAGUGAAUUUUUAUGCGUUGCUGUCUGAGUAACACCUGAACAAUAACAAUGAUAUUUGUUAAAGAUGUAAGCCCACAGGGUAGGUGAUUAGACAUGCUUGACAUUAAAAAAGUUGAUUUUAUGUAUGGUUUGUAUGACAGACAAAUGUGACCAAAGAGAUAACUUCACCAUAACAUCAUCAUAUAUUGAAGCAUUUUGAACACAGACAUUAUCCUGCUGAAAUACAGCUGAAUGGGAUUGGCUGCGAGCUGGAGACUCUUUUUUUUCGUCUGCACUUUUUUUUCCCUAUAAAAAUGGUAGAUAAUCUGUGUGCCCAAGAGGAUCAGAAAGAGAAGAAUAAUGUCAUGGGCUACUCAUCGUUUAUUAUUCAGAAAAUAUUUUAGCCUGUAUAGUUGAAGAAUGGGAAAAAGAAGAGAUAUUUUUACUAUUUAAUAUGGAAGGGAAGUAUGGGGCAUUUUGUUUUGCACUGAACCUGCAGCGAAGACUGUAUCACCGAAUAGCAACUAGGCUGUAAAACAGGUGCCAUGUGUGGAUGAAGUACAGUGAGAGGAUAUCUGAACCCAGGACGCCUGAUUCUCACUGUAUUGGUGAUAAGCACUGAACUCAUUCAGAAUGUCAGGUUAUGCAUAUGGAUUGUUAAUGUUCGUCUUUGCAGUGGCAACCCAACUGAUUGAGUUAAUCAUUUCAUCCCUGGACUCCUUGUUUACUAUAGUAAAGUUAAAAAUAACUUGUUUAUUCUACACACAGUAGCAAUUUGUAAAUUUUGACUCGUAUGUUGGUUUUCCUAUACUUAACAUUUUUGUCUUAAUUAUCAGUUCUGCUUGGAAUUAUAUUUCUUUUUAUUAAACAAAAAAACUAGACCAGGAGUGUGGUAAUCCUAAAUAUCUUCUGCACCAACUGGCAGGACUUAAGCUAAUAUGUUUCCAGGGGCUGUAGUUAUGAAGCAAGACUAAGUCAUUUCCCCAGAGUAGAAUUGAGAAAUCAACAAAAAGCUUGUUUUUUAGUUACAGUGUGAUGCCUAGACCCAUGGACACCUAACUUCAUAUUUCCUUACCCCAGGUAUCUUGGGCACUGCUUAUAACUACAACUUCAGGAAUAAAAAAAUCUGCUGGGUCUGGACAAAUUACUUUGUAAACAAGACACUUAUCCUUAAAUUCCUCAUAUUACCCAGGGCAACGAUUUGCCCUUGCUAAAUAACUACGGCUUCUGGGUAGCUUUUAUUAAAGUAGUCCAGCUGAUCACUCACCUUCCUGCUGUAGUGGGGUAGUCUCAACAGAAAAAGCUUGGGCAUAAAGGGUUUUGAAGCACUUGCUGUAACUCCUGUUCUACAUGAAACUCUAGUGUUUACAGUGGUAGCAGAAGGAAGUAGACCUGAUGUAACACUGUGUAAAUUCCAGCUGUAACUCUGAGAUUGGUUGUAUGCAGCCCUCCACUUCCCCACUGUUGGUACUUUCAAAUAGUUCUUAAUACAUUGGAGUCUGCAUCCUGCUGACUUGCAGGUAUUCUUUAUCCUCAUCUCCAUCAUAAUUUUUUCUGCAUUGCUAUCACUACCAGCACAAUACUGCCAUAAGACAUUUUUGUCAUCAGAAAUAUUGCUAGUACAGGUGAAAUAGUGCACUCCAGCACACAGCCUUUGCAGAUCUGUUGGUGUCAGUCACGUUGCAUUCAAGAAUGAAAAGCCUAGAUACUCUUUUCGCUCAAAUGCCCUUGAAUCUCAACAUUUAGCACAAAGGGUGUGACGCAGUACAGGAAUGGUAAUUGUGUCCUUGACAGAAGUAUGUCCUGUGUGAUGAUUCUUUUCCAUUUGGAUAUGUCGAGAGUGACAGUGACAGCCUAUUUCCACAAAGACCUCAACCCACACUCAUCAGCAACUGUUUAGUCUUCUCCAACUUGUUUUGGGUGUUUAUGUAAUGAGUGUUAUGCAUGUUCUGCUUGACAGCAUGGCAAAUAUUUCUAGCCUCAGCUAAUGUUACCCAUGUUUUUCCCUUCUGAGAUGGAACAUACUUCCUGAGAAAUAUUUGCCAUUUAUGUAAUCUGUACAGUUUAUGCCAAAAUAACUGUUCAUAGAACAGUCACAUGCGGUUUUCAAAAGAAAAAUUGCUUUCUUUGAUGGUCAUACUAUUCCCAGUGAAAAACAUGCAGUCACCCAACAUUAGAAUCAUAUGAUCAUGCUGCUGUAUCAUCAAUACAUGUUCAGAAACAGACACUAGGUGUUAGCCUGGAACACAGUUCCAAUGUGAUGAAAACUCGCAUUAAGAAAUAUUUCCUUUAGACCAUUUACUUGCACUUUUCUCCUUUCAUGUUCAGUGGUUCAGAAGUGUGUGUGUGAGGGGGAGGGGGGCAGUUUUGUUUCUUUGCAAAUGCAUGUGUGCAAAUUUGCAUUUUAAUUGUUUUGUAGCAUGUUGCUACUGUAAGACAUCGUUAUACAAAGUCAGGUAUUGAAGUGACUUUCAAAUGCUUCAACUUUGAUGCUGCAGUGGACUUUGCUGAUCUUUUAACACAUAUAUAAAAUCCUAUGUGAAACCUGUCUGAACCUUUUUCCUCAAUAGCAAAAGGACACCUUGCUGAGUGAAUGAGGAAUGUCCGGCAAAGAACACUUGAGUCUAGUGUCUAGUGCUAACAAAAUGGGUUACCUGCCCUUGGCCAACAUUUAUGAUGCUACAGACAACUCAUUUUGUGGUUAUAUUUUUACAAUCUAGAAUUUGUCAAUAAAACUGUUUUAAAAUGUA